AUGGAUGCCUAUACUCGACACGAGAAGCAUAGAUCACAGCCAUUGUUGAGCGAUCUUGAGGAGAUGUUCCAUAAUGUUACCACCUUGUACAAGGACGGAGUUUUCGUUAUUGUUGAUGCGCUGGACGAGUGCCAGAUGAGCGACAAUGUUCGUUCCAAGUUCAUUGAAGCCUUACAGCGCCUUCACUCCAGAGGAACUAAUGUCAACCUCCUGGCCACAUCUCGCCCUCUACCUGAUAUUGUGGAAGCCUUUGAUGGGCACUCCUGCCUUGAGAUCGUGGCCCAAAAGGACGAUAUCGAGAGAUACAUGCGUAAUCAGCUGUCCAAUUUGCGCGCUGUCUCGAAAUCCCCGAACCUCCAAGAUGACAUCAUUGAUUGUAUUGUCAGUGUCGCAGAUGGCAUGUAA